AUGCGUUUCUCCACCAUCACCAUUGCCGCCCUUGCUGGCCUCGCUGCCGCCGCUCCCAACGAGAUCGCCAAGCGCGAGAACCAACAGAUGACCAGUGCCAUUCAGUUCGCUGCCCAGCAAGCCGACUGCAGCAUCUUCGACUGCGCUGCUGUUGUCGGUGCCGCUUUCUGCAUUGCAGCAGGUAUUGCAACCGGACCCGCUGGCGUUGCCGCAGUCGUUGCCUGUGUUUCCGGUGGUGCUCCUUCGCUCUGCGGCUGCGCUGGGUGCGUCGAUGCUCUCGGCGACUUCUUGACUGAGAACGGCCUUUGCCCCGAGUAA